GGACACGCGAUCCCGGAAGCGGUUGAAAAGCAAAAGGAGUGAAGCAGUGUUAGGUGGACAGUGUGAAGAGUGCGAGUUACUUGAGGAGGUUGUUGGGGUUUUUUGGGAACAUGGAGAAGAGACAGCAGGAAAGAGGGCAUGUCCAUCAUCGUCUAAGAUCGCCGUUGAACUCAGGUUUUCUUUUUGUCUCUCUGGUCUCCCUGCUUAUACUGAACCCCUGGUGCUUCUGCGAGGGUGUCUGGGUCAGGAGACUUGCCAGACAGGACAGUCCGCUUCCGAUCUCCGUGGAAAAAUACGAUCGCUACUACAAUUACGAAGAGCUGACAGAGCGACUGAGGGCCUUAGCACAAGCCUACCCAGGCCUCGCCAAGCUCUCAAGUGUGGGCCAGUCGGUUCAGGGUAGAGAGCUGUGGGUGAUGCAGAUCACACGGGACCCAAACACAGAGCAACCAGGCAAGCCCAAGUUCAAGUACGUCGGGAAUAUGCACGGAGACGAAACGGUGUCCCGCCAGGUGCUUGUAUACUUAAUCGAAUACCUGUUAGACAGCUAUGGAGAGGUGGAGCGCGUAAGCCGGAUCCUAAACACAACUGACGUGUACAUCAUGCCCAGCAUGAACCCAGACGGCUUCGAAAAGUCAAAGGAGGGGGACUGUCAAGGAGAGAACGGGGGUCGAGAAAACAGAAACCAAAUUGACCUCAACAGAAGCUUUCCCGAUCAGUUCGAGAAAGUCCAGGUGUCGAAGGAUCUUAUCCCGGAGGUUAUGGCCGUCAUGAGGUGGAUCCUUGACAAACGGUUUGUUCUCUCUGGGAAUCUACAUGGCGGAACUGUUGUUGCCAGCUACCCCUUUGAUGACUCUCCUGGCCACAAAAUAACUGGAGUAUACAGUCGUUCACCGGAUGAUGUGGUUUUUAAAUAUCUGGCCAAGAGCUAUGCAGAAAAGCAUCCGCUAAUGCAGACAGGAAGACCUAACUGCCAGGACACACCAUAUGAAACUUUUAAAGAUGGCAUCACUAAUGGAGCUCAGUGGUAUGAUGUAACCGGAGGCAUGCAAGAUUUCAACUAUUUACAAGGGAAUUGCUUUGAAGUUACAAUGGAGCUAAGUUGCUGUAAAUAUCCACCAGCAAGUCAACUGGCCAAAGAAUGGGAAUAUAAUCAGGAGUCGCUUGUAACGUACAUAGAAAAGGUUCAUAUUGGAGUAAAGGGCUUUGUGAAGAGUGCUGAAAACUCCAGCGCAAUUUCUGAUGCUACUAUUGUAGUGGCUGGGAUAGCACAUAAUAUAACAUCAGGCAAAUUUGGAGAGUAUUUCAGGCUACUUUUGUCAGGAACUUACAACAUCACAGUCUAUGCAGAUGGAUACGUGCCUGUGACAGCAACCCAAAUUUAUGUUCCUGAAGACAGUUGUAUGGAAAUAAACUUCACACUUUCUUUAUCAAAAUCGGCUGAUUUGGGCAAUGUUGUUACUACAGCUUCACCAUCUGUUGAAAACAACAGACUUGUGUCCUCUGCAUCCCCUGGACACUUCUCAAUCCAACCCCAGGACUUCCGACAUCAUCGCUAUGCAGAUAUGGAGAUCUUCUUGAGGCGGUAUAGCACAGAAUAUCCUGACAUCACACAGCUAUACUCUAUUGGAAAAACUGUUGAGAAAAGGGAGCUAUAUGUAAUGGAAAUUUCUGACAACCCUGGUGUCCAUGAGCCUGGUGAACCAGAAUUCAAAUAUAUUGGUAACAUGCAUGGCAAUGAGGUAGUUGGCCGUGAGCUGCUUUUGAACCUCAUUGAGUACCUCUGUCGAAAUUAUGGAAGCGAUCCUGAGGUUACCCAACUUAUUAACACAACUCGAAUUCAUAUCAUGCCUUCCAUGAACCCAGAUGGUUAUGAAUUAGCACAAGAAGGGGACAAAGACGGCACUCUGGGAAGAAAUAACAGCAAUAAUUAUGACUUAAACCGCAACUUUCCAGACCAAUUUACCUCGAUUUCUGAUCCACUGCAACCAGAAACCAUAGCUGUAAUGAACUGGCUCAAAUCAUAUCCAUUUGUUCUCUCAGCCAACCUACAUGGAGGUACCCUUGUAGUAAACUAUCCAUACGAUGAUGAUGCCGAUGGUGUCAGAACUUACAGUAAAUCCCCUGAUGAUGCCUUAUUUAGGAUGGUGGCUCUUGCCUAUUCCAAGGAAAAUUCUGCCAUGUCCAAAGGUGGCCCUUGUCCAGGUCCAUUUUCUCAUGAAUAUUUUGAGGAUGGCAUUACCAAUGGAGCUCUUUGGUAUAAUGUUCCUGGUGGAAUGCAGGACUGGAAUUACCUUAACACUAAUUGUUUUGAAGUUACAAUUGAGCUGAGCUGUGUUAAAUACCCCCUGUCUGAAGAGAUUCCCAAAUAUUGGGACCAAAACCGGAAGUCACUGUUGCAGUUUAUUCAUCAGGUACACCGGGGAAUUAAAGGUUUUGUUAGAGAUUCUGUUGAUGGCUCUGGAAUCUGGAAUGCCACCAUUACUGUAAAAGACAUUGACCAUCCAAUCACAACCUACAAAGAAGGGGAUUACUGGCGUCUCCUUGUUCCUGGAAAUUACCAGAUAACUGCUUCAGCACAUGGCUAUGUUCCGGUUACAGUCAAUGUGUCUGUUAAUGACGGUGUGGCCACACAGAAUUUUCUACUAAUGCAUGUAACCACACAGGAUCCUUCUACAGAGAAAUUCCAGAACCUAAUUAAGGAACUUUCUUCUGAGCAUGGACUAGAGAGUCUUGUUUUCAGCUCUGCAUCUGAUAAUGACUUUCACCGCUAUCGCUCCUACAAAGACAUCUCAGAGUUCUUAAGGGGUCUCACUCUCAACUUCCCGACGAUCACCAACCUUACUAGCUUAGGUCAAAGUGUUGAAAUUCGAACUAUAUGGGCUCUGGAACUGUCAAAUAAACCUGAGGAGUUGGAACCUGCAGAGCCGAAGAUACGUUUUGUUGGUGGAAUCCAUGGUAACGCACCUGUUGGCACUGAGCUGCUAUUGGAAUUUGCGUUCUUCUUGUGUGUUAACUAUGGCAAAAAUGCUGCUGUUACCAAGCUUAUUGACAACACCAGGAUUGUAAUUGUUCCACUAAUUAACCCUGACGGUCGAGAAAAGGCACAAGAAAAACAAUGCACUUCAAAUGUGGGAUUUGUGAAUGCUCACGGCAAAGACCUUGAUGCUGAUUUCUUUGGGAAUUCCUCCCAGCGGUCUACAGAGAUUGAACCUGAAACUGUCGCUAUGAAGAAUCUGAUUCUUGGGAAAGGUUACACCCUCUCAAUUGCUUUGGAUGGAGGCUCAGUUUUAACCACUUAUCCUUAUGAUAAACCAGUACAGCCAGUUGGGAAUGAGGAUACACUGAAACAUUUGGCUACUGUGUAUGCCAAUAACCAUCCUACUAUGCACCUUGGACAUCCUGGUUGUACAAAUAAUGCAGAUGAAAAUAUCCCCAGAGGUGUGUUACGUGGGGCAGAGUGGCACAGUCACUUGGGCAGCAUGAAGGAUUUCAGUAUGGAUUUUGGUCAUUGUCCUGAGAUCACUGUGUACACAAGUUGCUGCCUCUAUCCCAGUGCAGAUAAGCUUUCUACUCUGUGGUCAGAAAAUAAGAAAUCAUUGCUGAGUAUGUUGGUUGAGGUGCAUAAAGGAGUACGUGGUAUGGUAAUUGAUAAAAAUGGCAAACCAAUUCCCAGAGCCAUUAUUGUUCUGAAUGGUGGCAUGCGGGUCUACACCAAUGAGGGAGGCUAUUUCCAUGCCUUACUAGCCCCAGGAGCACACAGCAUUGAGGCUGUAGCAGAUGGAUUCCAACAGCAACACAAAGAGGUCUUUGUUUCAUUAUAUGAAGCUGCUACCUCCCUUGUUUUUGAAUUUGACUUGGAUAAUAGAGUAUUUGGGUUUCCAAGGGAGUUUGUCAUUGCGGCUGCAGGGGCUUCAAUGACUGCACUCAUCAUUACAGCAUGUAUAAUCUGGUGUGUGUGUUCAGCCAAAUCAAACAGGCAGAAGGAUGGCUUCCACAGAUUACGCCAGCAUCGAGACGAGUAUGAUGAUGAGGUUCGACUCGCCUCUAUUGGCUCCAAAAAGUCUCUGUUGAGUCAUGAGUUCCAAGAUGAAUCUGAAAGUGAUGAAGAAACACUGUACAUCAACAAACACAAUUAAGACCCAAUACCCUUUAAACAGUGUGGCAUUGAACACAUAUGCUGCAUUUUCCAGGUGUAUGUUUUUGUGACAAGUGGACAGGUGUUACAGAGAUGGAAACAUCUCUUUUCAAAGUGGAUAUUCAGGAUCUAGAGAAUUGAAGUGUUAAUUUACAUAUUGCCUUCGGUAACUGGAAAAAGAGAACCUUAUCCAACGAGCGAAAAAGAGCCAAACGUUGAAUACACACACACAUUUUGAUUUGUGUGUGACUUUAUAAUCUAUACAACUGUAGUAAUACACACAGGAACUGCAGGAGUUUAAUCAAUCACAUUUUUCAUCUUUAUCCCUUCAAUGAAAAUGGAUUACUUCAGUGAGCAUUUUAUGGCUGCAUCGGCUGAUAGAGGAGGUUUGUGUUUUUUAUAUGUAUAUGACAAAAUGGGAGUGAUAGAGGGUGGCUUUUUCCAGCACUUGCUUCAUUAUAUCAUGUGAAAAAGACAUAUUUAUAUACAUUAAUCUCUGUUCUUACUAAGAGCAGAUCAAGGAAUAAAUAUUGAAGGCAUUGUAUUUGUAAUAUAGUGCUGAAAUGCUCAAGUGGAACAUUUUUACAAAAGUGCCCAUUUUAAGGCACAAUACAUGUUCUUUUUUUAAGAUGUUCGUAAUGAGAACAUUUAUGUAAUACUUCACUUGGCAGGGUGUUGGGGGAAUUUUGUAGUUGCCUGAUUAACUGGAAGAUGCAUAGCUGAACUAUCUUCUCUGUGUUCCCCACACUUGAGUUCCCAGCGUCCAAAAUGAAAUGAUGGAUCAGAUCAUGAGGCAUCAAAUAAAAGUAUCUUGCCUGCCCUGCCCACGCUGAAGGUGAUUAAUUUUGUCACUUUUUUACCAUAAAACAAUAACAUGCAAGGAGAUUUUAUCAUUAGCGCAGUUUUGCACAAGAUUUCAUAUCAAAAUGACAUCAAAAUAUGAUAUUGCUAAGAAUCUAGAUGAUUUUUGAUUGGAAAACAUGGAGUGUUUAAGUACAAAUCUGAUAUUUUGUGCCUGUUCCAGUGGGACACUAAUCUUUGUGACAUCACUUCUGUCACCUGGAGAAUAAACAUACCUGUUUAACUAGAAGGCUACUGAAGAUGAACAUUUUGUUAUGAAUGUUAAUUAUUAUCUACUGCACAACUUUUAAUUUGCUUCAGAUUUUCAAAGCAUCUCAUGUAAACUCUGAGAUCUAUAAGCUUUCCAUUUUUCAUCCCCGGUGUAGAAGGAAACCUGCAGCUUCUUUUCACCAGCAGCCUGGAAACAUUAUGUCUGUUGCAUUGAUGCUGAUAUUAUGCUAUACUGUGUAAGAUUUUACUCUGAGAUUUCUAGACCCAAAAACAUUUCUAUUCCACAUUUAUAUAUGAAAAAGUUUCCCUGUAUUUUCAUGAAUUUUUCUUUAAUUUUAAAUGAACUUUUGAAGUAAAGAUUUUGAAUUUUUCUCAUUGCUUUGUAAAUAUUUUAUCAUUUUUAAAUUAUAAAAUUUGGAAUUGAACCUCUUUAUGACGACUAAUUUAUUUCUAUCCACAAAUCACUAAAUGACUAAAUCAGAAUGGCAGAAUUCAUUUGUUAAUGGUACUGACUUUUAAGAUUCAUCGUAGAGGUUAGUUCUGUCUCUUCACAGAGCCAGAGAAAAUGGGAAA